AUGGGCGUCAAGAGAGCCAGCCUGGCCAGCUCCAUCGAUGAUCUUGUCGCAUCGGCAGAGGCAAAAACAAUCCUGGCCCGAUGUCAGGACAAUGCUGCUCUGGCAAUGAAGGUCCUCAAGUACUUGGAGCAGGGGCUUUUCGAUGGCCCGACGGAAGCAACUUGCCCUGACUUCACCAGGUGCGUUUCUCUUCCUGCUUGCUCUGCUUCUUUCCCAAAUCAGGACUGCCUGGCGGCAUAUGACGACAAGCUGGUGACGACGGCCCGAGUGGACAGGGCUCCAGACCAAUUCGUGAAAUAUUGUCUGUCGAAGCUGCGGGCCGAUUUCAACAUAAGCGACUCCACGUCGUUCCCUCGGUCCACAGGGGACCGCAGGCUCGUCUGGAUGUUCGCACUGGACCUCAGUGCAUCCAGCAUUCUUCCUGCUGCUGAGCAGCCGGGCCCGAAUGCUGGCCCGAAGAAGAGAGCCCGAACAGACCGAAAGGGCGGAAAGGCUGUCAGACAGUACUCUGCCUUGGCUGCUUGGGCAGUGGAACGGCAUACUUCCUUGGGGUCGGUGCUGCAGCACAUCGACACCAAGAACUGGUCCGAGCAUGUCGACGAAUGCAGACAGUAUGAUCUCGACCUUGACAAGAAGCAGGUCCGACACAUCCGUUCUGGAGAAGUUGCUGCCAUUGAAGGUCUGGGCGAUGCCAGAUGGACCUUGAUCAACAACUACUCGACCCAGGACCAACAAGCUUGCUUGUCACCUUGCCAGGACAUGUUUUGA